CGAACCCGCCUGCCAUUUUCAAAGAACGGACGGACACUUCACCAGGCAGCCUUGCCACCAUGGAAGUCACCAAGCUGUUGGCUACCUUUCUGUUUCUGCAGCUGUCUUUUGCAUUGCCAUUUCGUAACCGGAUCAUUGGAGGCGAGAUAUGUGCUGAGACUGGGCAUCCUUGGCUUGUGUGGAUCUAUGACUCCAACGGGCUCUACUGCUCAGGAGUAGUGGUCAGUAAUGACUGGGUUCUCACUGCUGCUCAUUGCUAUGUAAGCUCUGGAAUGCAGUUGAAGUUUGGACUACACAACAGAGAGGUGCCAAGAGAGGGAGAGCAGUUAAGAACCUGUGCAGAGGCCAAAUGCUAUCUGGAUAGCUCUGACUCCAACAACUGUGCAGAAGCCACCUUCAGAGACGAUAUCAUGUUGGUCAAACUGAAUGCCCCUGUUGACUACAAUGACAAUGUUCAACCUAUUAUCCUGCCCACUGCUGUGCCCGAAGAGGGAACAGAAUGCAAAGUGAUGGGCUGGGGCUCCACCACCAGUCCUGAAGAGACUUAUCCUCUUGUUCCUUACUGUGUUUGCAUUGAAAUACUCAACAAUGAUGUGUGUGAAGCUGCUUACCCUUGGUGGACAGCAAAUGAUAAAGUGCUUUGCGCUGGAGUUCUGGAUGGAGGCAAGGAUUCAUGUCGGCUACUUACUGAUAAUGAGUCCUGCCUGCUUGCUCCAUGA